CGAAAAAUAAAAUUUAAAUUUAAUUUUUUUGUUGUUGUUGAGGGGAAUUAAAAGGACGAGACCGGUCAUAGGUGCGGCCUAGUUUUGUUUCUUAAAAUUAAAUAAAAAUCAAAGACUAAGCCGAAAGAUGGAACAGAAUCUCUCGGAGAAAAAACCAGCCAUCGCCCAGACUGCAGACUUCGAUGUAAUGGGUGCCUUAGACUGGAAAGACGGCGUUGCCACCUUGCCGGGUAGCAACAUACAAUUUCGUUUAAGUGAGUUUGGAACGCUGGAGAUCAUUACUGAAGCUGAAGCAAAAGCUGCAAAAAGUCUCUCUGCCACAGCUGUAAACACCAGUUCAGCCAUCCUUAAUGCAGCUACCUCUUCUACUUCCAGCGCCGUAACUGCUUGCAAUCCUAACGCACCCACAAAAAAUAUUCCCAGAUCUGAGUUCCAGACCUGUGAAAAUCUCAAACGUUCUGGGCAAAUGGAUGGCUUUGAGAAUUCUCGUUCUUGCCCUCAAGAGCAUAAAGACAGAGUUUCUAAGUGCUCCCCAGCUGAAUACGGAAAUCGGACAAGUAGCAGCCAGGUUUACGAAACUGAGAGACCCUCCAAGCGUCUCCGAAGGAAGAGGAAGUUGCUUUUGGAUUCUGAAGAUGAGGAAGAGAAUGCAGAUGAUGAUGAGGAAAAGAAUAAACUGAAUUUGACAAACCGUAGAAACUCUAAACCAAUUAAACAAGUUAUUCCUGGCAAAAAGUAUGUGUGGAACUGGAUUUCCUACUUAGAAGAAGAACGGAUGAUGGCUGCUCCACUUAAACUAUUCAAAGAGUCGCAGUCCUUUCCACAAAACAAAAAUGGAUUUAAAGUUGGAAUGAAGUUAGAGGGCCUGGAUCCUGAGCAUCCAUCUUUAUUUUGUGUCCUUUCUGUUGCUGAGGUGCAAGGGUACAGGAUGCGAUUGCAUUUCGAUGGUUAUUCUGAAUGCUAUGACUUCUGGGUUAAUGCUGAUUCUUCGGAGAUCCACCCUGUAGGCUGGUGUGAAAAGACAGGCCACAAACUGCUUCCUCCUAAAGGUUACAAGGAAGGAGAAUUUAAUUGGGCUUCAUAUUUGAAGAAUUGCAAAGCUCAGGCUGCCCCCAAAACUCUUUUCAAGGCAUUCAGCACACCAAUCACGCCUUCUGGUUUUCGAGUGGGAAUGAAAUUAGAAGCAGUAGAUAAAAAGAAUCCUUCCUUAAUGUGUGUAGCGACCAUUGCAGACAUGUUGGAUAAUCGGCUGCUAAUUCACUUUGACAACUGGAACGAAAGCUAUGAUUAUUGGUGUGAUGCUAGUAGCCCAUAUAUUCGUCCCAUUGGUUAUUGCCAAGAAACUGGAACUCCAUUAACCACACCAGCUGAAUAUAAAGAUUUCAAAAGCUUCUCAUGGGAGAGAUAUUUGGAGGAAACUGGUUCACAGGCAGCUCCAGCAAGAGCAUUUAAACUGCGCCCAGCCCAUGGUUUCCAGAUUAACAUGAAACUAGAGGCUGUAGACAAGAGAAAUCCCAUGCUGAUCAGAGUGGCGACAAUAACUGAUAAGGAUGACUAUCGUCUCAAGAUACACUUUGAUGGUUGGGACCCCAUCUUUGAUUUCUGGGUUGAUGCUGACAGUCCAGACAUUCACCCCAUGGGCUGGUGCGCAAAAACUGGGCACGCCUUGCAGCUCCCGCUAGGGACUGUGGAUGCCUCAGCAGCAGCAGGACAGGGAUGCCCUACUCCUGGUUGUCAGGGGAUGGGUCACAUCAGGGGACCCAGAUAUGGAACACAUUACACGUUGGUUGGCUGCCCUUAUUCAGAAAUCAAUCGGAACAGAGACGGUUCCUUACAGGAUCGCCUAGGUGGAGAGAGACCUUCACCAAAUAGCAGUAUUCAGAAAGCCAAGAAGCCUGAAAAUUCCGCACCGCUUUCUGACCUACGGGAGGAUUCUCCAGAGUCCAGAAAGUCUUCUACGCAAGAUGGAGAGAGAUCAGGGAGAAGCAGUGUCCACAGUCUAUCGGAACAGUCUGAGACCAGCCAAGAGAAGGACUGGACAGAAGCAGAAUCACCUGCUAUCACCAAAAUCAAAUCAAAAAGGAUUGGUUGCUCACAUGGUUAUAUAAAGCUCCAGCUAAUGAAGCAGGACGCUGAUGGAAGAGACACAGCGUUUGCUCUGCAGCAGGCCCUCCACCAAUCUGUCUUCAUGCCUUCCCUUUCCACAAACCCUACCCACCGCCUCCAUCUCUGCUGGGAGCAACACUGCAAACUGCUGCCGGAGGUCUCAGGCCUCACUGCCAAGAACGUGGCCAAAUGGAGCGUGGAAGAGGUGGCUGGCUUCAUCCAGCGUUUACCCGGUUGUAAGGACCAGGCUGCAUUAUUCCGACAAGAGCAAAUUGAUGGUGAAGCCUUCCUUCUCCUAAACCAGUCAGACAUUGUUAAGAUCCUGAGCAUCAAGCUGGGGCCUGCACUGAAAAUAUACAAUGCCAUCCUCAUGUUCAAGACGGCAGAAGAAGCUUGAGUCAGCUCCUCUUGCAGAAGCAGAAAGCCAGCACCCGCCCCCCUCCUUCCUUACCGAAUCUGAAUAGGCUGGGACCUUGGAAAGGCAACGUGGCCUUACUUAGAUUUCAGACUGACUUGGGUAGAAUCUGCUGAAAGGAUCCUGAAGAAGAGGGAAUCCCUUCUGCCACUUGGCAUGAAUGCAGUGGCUUCCCUUCUAGGAAGAGAUUAUUAAUUUUUUUUCUAAUUGAACUUUGGAUAUGGUUAUAUUGAUCUUUUGUGAAGAUCUUGAAGACGCCUCCAGUUAUAAGAGGAAUCCCAGGUAUUGCUAUUGGUGGGGAGCCAAUCUCGAUCAAGCAAACUGAUUUUCCUGUUGACAGUGCCUAAAAGAGUGUCCAAGCUGUGUGUGGAGUAUUUGAUGUCUUCUGUGUGCACAGAGCUUUGAGAGUGGGGUUUUUAGUAGAACGAGAGGAAGUGGGGAGAGUCUUCAAAGCAGUGUAGUUUGUUUCCUAGUACUGGGAAAUUAAGACAUCUCUAUUCUUUCCAGGCUAAUUUGAAAUCCCUUUUCAGCUAUCCAAAUACCUGCAUUUAAUUUUUUUUAAGUCCCUCAGUGUUGGCUGGGGGAGGAAUGGGGGUCCAUGUGAAGUCCAUCUCUAUGUAUGGUGAUUGUGCAGUUUAUCAUAUUGAGCUGCAAGUUGUUUAAAUGCACAGUUAAUAAAGGCUACUGGAGAGGGCUGUGACAGAAGGCAGGCCAGUCAUUUGAUUAUGGAGUUCUUUUUGAAUGAACUGUAUAGAACGUAUUGGGGAGCACUGAAAAAAACAAGGGUGCUGUUUUAAAAAAAUGUUCCUGUGAUGCAUUCUCUCUGUCUCUGUCUUUCUUGUUUGUUGCCAAGAAAUUUUACUUUGAAAAUCUAGUGGCUUUUAGAAGC